GUGAUGAAUAGGUAACGAACGUCUUACCGAAAUUAAUUGAAAAUUACAACAUUAACGACAUUUUUAAUGCCGACGAGACUGCUUUGUUUUUCAAAUGCUUGCCAACUAAAACACUGGCAUUCAAAAAUGAAAAAUGCUUUGGUGGGAAGCAAAGCAAGGAGAGAAUAACUGUCCUGGUGGGAAGCAAUAUGACAGGAUCAGAAAAGCUAAAAUUGCUGGUAAUCGGAAAGGCCAAAAAUCCGAGGUACUUCAAGGGGAUAAAAUCUUUAGGUGUCGAUUAUGAGUUUAACAAAAAAGCAUGGAUGACCAGUGAGAUUUUUACGAAAUGGAUUGUAAAACUCGACAAAAAAUUUUGUGAUCAAAACAGAAAGGUGUUGUUUUUUGUUGAUAACUGCACUGCCCACCCUAAAGAUGUAAGAGACAAGUUGAGAAACAUUCAUCUCGCUUAUUUUCCUCCCAACAUGACUUCGUUACUGCAACCAAUAGACCAAGGCAUUAUCUACAACAUGAAACAACAUUACAGAAAACGAAUUUUAACGAAUAUAUUGACUCAAGUGGAUGAGGGAAAUUCUGUUAUGGCCAUAGACUUGCUGCAAGCAGUUCGAAAUCUUAGCAAUGUAUGGAAUGUCUAUGUUAAACCAGAAACAAUUGCCAACUGUUUUAAAAAGGCUGGAUUUUCAAAAGAUGCUAUGCAGAUUCCAUUUGAGCAUUGGGAUGAAGAGGUCCUUCUUUCAAUAUCGGAUUUGGCUGCUUUACAGUCUUCAUUUAAAAAAGUAGCAAAUAUCGAAGCAUCGUUUGAUGACUACGUAAAUGCUGAUAAUGGUGUGCAGACUUGGGACAACCCAUCCGAAGAAGAUAUUUUCAACAGCAUUUUUGAAAGUCCAGCUGAACCUGAUAACGAUGAACACGAUUUGACCGUUGAAGAAUUGGCAGAAACUGAGGAGGCAUUACCUACGUUGAUACAAGCUGCUUCAUCCAUUAGCGUAAUUAGAACCUUUGUGGAAAUGAGGAGUGACGUGCCGAUUAAUGUUUUCAACUCUCUACAUGAUUUGGAAGCUUUUAUUGAAAAUGAAAAAUGGAAGACUGUAAUUCAAACCAAACUCACUGAUUAUUUUAAAUAAAGUUACAUAAAAAAUCAAUGUUUCUUUAUAAUGAAGUUUCUAUAUAGUGAAGUGAUUUUCAGGUCCCGUGCGAAUUCACUAUAUGGAAG